UCCGUAGUCUCUCUCCCCACUAAGUAAAGUAAAAGUAUGACGCCAAAGACUGUCAUUUUGGUUCCCUUCUCCACCACCUCAACUAAGUAAAAAUCAUAACUUUAUUCUUUGCUUCUUCUUCUAAUUUAAGAUUUCAGUCCCUUCUUCUUCUCCUCCUCCUGCUAUUUUUGGUUAAAGCUACUCAACUGUCUCACAGACUUAAUUUGUUGAGAGAGUAUAGGGUUUAGGGUUAGCUCAAAAUUCUACAUCAAAAAAAUCAUUACCUUUGCUUCUACUUCUACUAUUACUUCUACCUUUGAAAGGGUUCUUACACCACUCCUUUAUCAACCUAACGUACACGUCCAAUGGGGUUUUAUCAAGUUUAGGAGUAUUUGUUAGACAUUAUUGAUACUGAAACUAUAUGCGAAAAUCUAUAGAGUGAAACUGAAAUACCAUGCCGUUGGGGAUUGUUUCGGCGUGGAAUAAGAGAAGAAGGAGCUGGUCGUUAGAUCAAAAUGACCCUUGUAUGUACAAUUCUUCUACUCUGUUUGGUUUGUUUGAAGAAUUUUGUAGUGAUAGUUUUUCUUUUGUUGUUGUAGGGAUUUAUAAGCGUCUAGAAUAUUGGCAACUUGAUGAUCAAACACCACAUUCUACUAAAAGACACCAUGGGUCAUCGGUAUUUACUCUCAAGGAAAUGGAGGAUGCAACGUGUUCUUUUAGUGACGAUAAUUUAAUCGGUAAAGGAGGAUUUGGGCGAGUUUACAGAGGAAGACUCCGAUCAGGCGAGAUUGUGGCAAUCAAGAAAAUGGAGCUGCCGCCAAAUAAAGAAGCCGAAGGUGAACGCGAAUUUCGGGUGGAAGUUGACAUGUUAAGCAGAUUGGAACACCCAAAUUUAGUUUCUCUCAGGGGUUAUUGCGCAGAUGGAAAACAUCGCUUUCUUGUUUAUGAAUACAUGAAUAAAGGGAAUUUACAAGAUCAGUUAAAUGGAAUUAGUGAAACGAAAAUGGAUUGGUCAUUAAGGCUUAAAAUAGCACUUGGAGCAGCACGGGGUCUGGCUUAUCUGCAUUCUAGUUCAGCAAUUGGGAUCCCUGUUGUUCACAGAGAUUUCAAGUCCACCAACAUACUCUUAACUGAGCAAUUUGAAGCUAAGAUCUCAGAUUUUGGUCUUGCUAAGUUGAUGCCUGAAGGUCGGGAAAUUUACGUCACAACCAAAGCCCUCGGCACGUUUGGAUAUUUUGAUCCUGAGUACACAUCGACAGGGAAACUAACUUUACAAAGUGAUGUGUACGCAUUUGGAGUUGUUCUUCUUGAACUCUUGACUGGACGCAGAGCGCUGGACUUGAGCCAGGUGCCCACCAAUCAAAACAUUGUAAUACAGGUGAGGCAUAUACUGAAUGAUCGUAAGAAAUUGCGGAAGGUGAUAGAUCCUGAGAUGAGUCGAAGUUCAUAUAACAUCGAUUCAAUUUCCAUGUAUGCCAACCUAGCAUCACGUUGUGUCCGUCAUAACAGCACUGAGAGACCCUCGAUGGCGGACUGCGUUAAGGAACUUCAACUUAUUUUGUUUACAAAUUCAAAAGGUCUGCGAACAGGAUUGCAUUUGUUCAAAAUGCAGCCAAGAACAACCUGAGAUAUUCGUUUCUGAGGUGGGGCAUUCUCAAGUUCAAAAAGGUUUUCUUUAGGCUGCAUUGUGUUUCAAUCAAGUAUCAUUCUUGAUCCUUGUAGAGUAUAUCAUGAACUAGUAGAAGUGGAUGACUAUGGGAUUGAGACAAGAAAAGUUUUAGGAGACUGGAUAAUCAAGGUACACAUGAUUAUUAUUAGUAGUACUUCAGUAAGUCCUUGUUCUGUGCUAUGGAUGGUUGAAUUCUCUUGUCGGUGUGGUAUUUGCAAGACAGUUUUCUACUAGAAGCUUUAAGGAAUGUUCUUCUCCUCAUUAUUAUGGUGUGUGUGUACUUCUUGGCUUGUCAGCGGGCUAUUAACCCUCAAUUGUGCUUGUAAACCACUUGCUUCCAUAAUAUGUAUGGGCUUAUGAGAAUCAUUCAGAGACGUGCAACCAUUCUCUAUACUUUUUAACUUCCAAUGCUAACGAUGAUAUAACAUGA